UCUAAAGAUAAAGAUAAUAACAAUGAUUGUGGUAACACAGGAUUAACAGUUGGCAUAAUAGUGGUAUCUUUACUUCUAAUCAUAACAUGGUCUAUUGUUGGUGUGUAUUGCAUCCGAAGGAAGAUGGAACGAACACAGUUUUCGCUAGGUGAUCGACAAAGUGCACGUGUUGUAAAUACAGUGGACACAAUUACGCCGUAUACAGGUUUGGUGAACAACGGUGGACCAGAACACGAUUAUACAGGUCUGGUGAAUAACGAUGAAUCAAACUCCGGCUAUAUAGACAUGGCGAACCGGAACGGACUAGAUACCGUGAACAGCAGUGAACCGGAACACGGCUAUAUAAACAGACCAGAUUCCGUGAACAGUGGCGAAUCAGAAAACGGCUAUACAGUCAUAAUAAACCAGGCCGGACUAUAUACUGUGAACAGUGACAAAUCAGAACACGACUGUAAGGCCAUGGUGAACCGGAACGAACUAGAUAUCGUGAACCGCGGCGAAUUAGAACACGGCUAUAUAGUCAUGGUGAACCAGACCGGACUAGAUACCGUGAACUGCGGUGAACCGGAUCAUGGCUACAUAAACGUGAAUAAGGACAGGUCAGAUACCAUGAACAGCGGCGAAUCAGAACAUAGCUAUAUAAACACGGGGAACCGGAGCAGAUCUGUUACCAUCAACAGCAGUGAAGCAGAAGACGGUUAUAUGACCAUGAUGAAUAGGAACUGGUCUGAUACUGUGAAUGGCGGUGAACCGGGACAUGGCUAUAUAAACAUGGUGAAUAUGAACGGAUCAGAUACCCUGAACAGCCGUGAUUCAGAAUACGAUUAUAUAGACAUGGCGAAUAGGACAGGGUCAGAUACCCUGAACAGUGGUGAACAUGAGCACGGCUAUGUAGCCAUGGUGAAUUUGAACGGAUCAUUUUUCCUGAACAGCGGUGAACCAAAACACGGAUCAGAUACCACUGUUAAUUAUGAAACCACUUUAGGUGACAUUAAUGAGAAGAAGGCUGAGGACAAUACCUCCUCAGUGUAAUAAGUUAAACGUCUUACAAACACAAUUAGGACAGACCCUGUUCCUGACGCAGGGUCAUUGUAAUGGAUUUUAUUUUUAUUUUUUUACAAAAAAACGCAAAAAUGACAU